AUGCGUGGAUCGAUCCUCAAAUUUGGCCUUACCAUGGCUCUUCUAGCCAUGGGAACAGCAAACCCCUUGCCCCUCGACCAGAACGUCUACGAUGAAACCCCCACGAUCAUCCCCAGAGUAAUGAACAUUACUGCCCGCGAGUUUGUCGAGGCGGGAGGCGCCUAUAUGGACGCUCCCGACUCUGACGGAAAUCCACCGGUCGAUGUCGAUAAGCGAGGCUUCCAGCCGCCGGAUGCUUGUCGCAUACCCGCACGACUUUACUACAAACUCAAAGGGGACGGAGAUCCCCACCAGAACUUCGUCAUUACCCAAAAGGGUGGCUCGCUAGUAUCGUGCUCCGCAGAGGAUGGCUCCACGGGGUCUGGAUACGAGCAGAGUCUCAGCUGGUCCAUAACUGGAGGUGUCAACAUCCCCUGGGCGUCCGUCAGCCUGGGCGUCUCCGAGUCAGAGGCGUACACCGUGUCGCAAUCUUUCACAUGUGGCGGCGUUGCGAAGCAGAAAGGAAACAUUUGCGUGCUUGUCUACCAGGCUGUCACUGCGUUUAAGGUGGAAGUACACAAGAGCGAUCCCUGCAAGGGUAUCGUAGAUCAGAAGUGGGAUGAGACUAUCUAUGCGCCCAAUGGAAACAAGAUGGGCAGUAUUGGAGCACGGGGAAUCAACGUCGCGAAGCAUGGCGUGGUCCAGUGUGUUGGUGAUGUCGACCGCACUAUCAAUCAUUACUGUGGUCCUAAGGGCGAUGCCUCGUGGUGGAGAGGCAAGCAGGCGGGUCCGUGGAUUAAGGAGUAUGUCGAUCAACGAGAGCCCAAGGAUUGCAAAGUUCCUAUCGAAGCUCAUCAGUACUUUGAUUGA